AUGUCUGACUCGAACAAGUGGGACACAAUCGUGAUUGGUGGAGGCAUCAUGGGAAGCUGGACAGCAGUGCAGCUCCUGAGGGCGGGUGUUGAGAAGGUGCUUCUCUUGGAAAAGUUUCCACUUCCGCACACAAGAGGAAGCUCGCACGGGGCCACGAGAAUCUGCAGGUUUGGGUACCCUCAGGACCAUCAGACCAUUUUGGCGAGGGAUUCUUUGCAAGACUGGUUCUGGUUACAACAGGAGUCUGGUCAACAGAUCAUCAGAGAAACUCCUCUGCUUUGGACAGCAGAUGCUAAAAAUGAGCAUGAGAUGACACAUGCACUGGCAAACAUCAAGAACCUAUGCCCUCAGGCCAGGGUCAGAGUCUUCGAGGACCCAGCUGUCACCAGUAUCUCUCAAGAGUUUCCUCAGCUCACCUUUCCCUCAGAAAUCUGUGCGUCUGCUAUGCUGGACAACAGUGCUUAUGUCUUGAUGGCUGACAAGAUCACUUCUUUAUUAAGGACAUGGAUAUGUCAACAUGGAGGAGUCAUCAAGGAUGGCAUGGAAGUCCAGGGAAUCCAGGUGGAUGGAAAUGAAGAUGUUGCAGUGGAGACCCAGGGCCAAAGCCAGAAAUUCCAUGCCAAGACGCUGGUGAUCUGUGCAGGGGCUUGGGCAAAACCUUUUCUGGAGAUGGCUGGUGUGGGAACACUUCCUUUGCAGCCAGUGAAGAUACAAGUGGCUUACUUCCAAGAGAAGCCCGGACAGAAGCAUCCGCACUUGUCCCAGAUCCACGAGUCCAGCAAGUACAAUUGCAACUGGUCCAUUCCCAGCAUUGAGUACCCAGGACUUGUCAAGUUUGGCCCUCAUCAAGGGCCAGCAAUCAAUCCGGAUGCCAGAGACGCUGUUGAUGCGGAAGGUGAACUAAAGAAGCUGCGAGAAUUUGUGGCUGAAACUUGCCAGGCUCUGGAUCCAACUCCGAAAAUCGUGGAAACCUGCAUGUACACGGCACCGGAUUCAAACUGGGACCUGUUAUCGGAAAAAUCUUGGCCACUUGGGCUCAAGGAAGAAAAGUUUCUUACGAAUUGUCAGCCAUGUCUGCUUCAAGAUUUGCACAACCUCUCUUCCAAACAGUUGGCUGAAAAAUUCAGGAGCAUGUGGUACUUGAGUGAAUAUGUGCAUAUAGAAACCUGCAAGAAGAACACCACCAGCAGGGCCAUGCUGAAGGACGAGAUCCCACCAGUGUAG